AUGAUGAAGCAGAAAGUUGAAGACUUUGCGACUCAGGGCGAAUUUCUGGGAGUCAAUCCGAUCUGGAAUAACAAUAAUACGACCCAACUUGUGGAACCACCUUCUACAGUCGAAGAAGAUGAAGACACGGAACCAUUAUUGCCUGUGGAGUUUACUUUGGUUGAGAGAACUCUACAAGAUGGUUUCAUCGAAGAGAUCAUAUUUUCUUCUGGUGGUGAGAUUGAUGUGUAUGAUCUUCAAACUCUUUGUGACAAGCGGAUUUUGGAGAAGUUAUUUGACACAGUAGGCGAUAAUGAGCAGCAGCAGCAGCAGCAGAAGCAGAAGAAGAAGCUUAUUGGAAUGGCACGUGCUACGUCGGAUCAUGCCUUUAAUGCUACAAUCUGGGAUGUUCUUGUUGAUCCUGAAUAUCAGGGUCAAGGGCUUGGUAAAGCUCUUGUUGAAAAGCUCGUAAGGGCUCUUCUUCAGAGAGAUAUUGAUAGUCAAGUUGUGGAUUUCUAUCAGAAUUUGGGGUUUGAAGCUGAUCCAGAAGGCAUCAAAGGCAUGUUUUGGUACCCAAAGUAG